ACUACAUCACCGAUGAAGUACCGGGUAAACUGUCUCGGAUCGCUUUUAGUAUGGCUGAUCGAUGACGUUGUCAAUAGCUGCUGUGGCGGUUCUGGAUUGGCAAAAUAAAGGUUGAUAGCUGUUUCAACGUUGUUAUUUGCACGAUGUAAUAAACUAGUCAAAAGAUCGUCAGGAAGAUCGCCCAAGAUUGCCUUUAGAGAGGCAAUGGAGGCUUCUUCUCUUUGACGCUUUGACAUGACGGAGAAAGGACGAUCAAAACAAAGAUUAAGGAGGAAAGAUUAGCAAUUUCUCUUAUUGGACCCAGAGCAACUUCCAUUUUUGGUUUCUUUACGCGCAGUUCUUUAGGCAAGCAGAAAAAAAAAUUGCUUAAUGCGGGACUAUUCUUACUUCUUCGUUCUAUCUCCAAAUAUUGGUAAAUCAGUUUAUAUAAUGAGUGAUGAAGAAGAGGAUGAUUAUAUGUCUCUGAAGUUUUUACAAGAUGCUGAGCAGUUUGAAUCGCAAAGGAAAGAAGCUACUUACACAGAACGGCGGAAAAAGCAACUACGCGAGCAAGAAAAAAAAGCUCAUGUAAAACCGCGAGCCCAACUGGAAGCAGAAGAGAGAGGAAAGGCUCUCCAACGCUCACUAGAAGAAGACAAAAGCAAUAAGGGUAUGAAAAUGCUUAUGAAAAUGGGCUUCAAGAAAGGCAUGUCACUUGGAAAGAAUAGCAGCGGUAUUGUAGAACCGAUCAAAGUCAAUAUCAAGGCGGGUAGACAAGGAAUCGGUAUGGAAAUUGAAUCAGAAAAGCGUUUGAGAGCAUUAGAAGAAGAGGAAAUGGAAAACAGCAAAAGGGCCAAGGUUGAUUUGGAAACCUUUCGAACCAUCAAAGCAAAACAAGCAAAGGAAAAUCAAUUACGAAGAUACCUCACUGCAGCUAUUUCUAUUUGCAAGAAGUUUGAUGAGGAGAACUCAGUAGAAACAAACAUAUUAUGGACGCUAGAACCUGCAUCCCAAGAAAUGGAAAAUAAUGAAGAUACAGAGCAAGACAAAGAAGAAGAAGCUACAGACAAUAUUAUCGAUUUAUACCCUAAAGAAGAAAUUGAGAGAUUGAACAGCUUAGAAUUAGAUGAAAAAUUUGCUCUUGUCGUAGAGUAUUUACGCAACAAGUAUUUUUAUUGCUUUUGGUGUAGUGCUAAAUAUAAAGAUGCAGAGGAUCUACAGGCCAACUGUCCGGGACCGGAAGAGGAUGAUCAUUAAAGCAGACAAUAAUUACGUAAUAAAAUAAGGAGAUUUUCUUUUGCCACUGAGUUUGGCAAUUUGAAAUGCAGAAAACAAGCUAAAUUAAGUUUGACAGACAAUGGAGCGAUUUUGGCACCAAUUUGCAUCUCAGAAUGGUUUGGAUGGAGAUAAGCCAGCUCACAUGGUGUACGCAC